UCCAAGUUCAUGAACAUAGAGAUGGGUCCCCUGAUAGUCCUAGGAAUUCUAGUAGGACUAAUGGGGACGGCUUCUGAUUCAGAUCAAAUACAGAUCGCUGAUUCAUCUGAGAACUCAUCCUCAACAAACACCAGUGCUGCAGGCUGGAUCCAAAGAAGUGUAUUGGUGUUAAAAAAUAACUCUGCAGUGAAAGCUUGGCCUGUCGCCACCCAAACAGAAGUCAAAGUUUUCAGGAAAGGAUCAGAAGUAAUUUCCAGGAGGUACUGGUAUCCAUUUAUUGUCUUAGGAGUGCGACAGGCUACAGCAAGUACGCCUGCAGUCACCAAUUCCACAACAUCUACUGCCAUGGUGCCAGAAACAGCAGCCAUCUCCACAACCACGAUACCACCAACCACAGUGUCUACAACAACAGAAACAGGAACGACGUCAACAGCAUCAACAGUUCGAACAUCAUAUACACAAGAACCUGAGACUCCAGCAGCUCCUACAGUGCCAUCUACUACAGCAUCUUCAACAAGUGAUGGAAAUACAUCUGCAUUAGGAUCAACAUUUAUGACAACACCAACAGAAUCAACUACUAUUGUACCUGCAGAAACAACCACCACAAUAGAGUCUACAACAACACUUGAAACAACAUCACCAACACAGGGAGCUAAAGCUUCCACAGCUACUACAGUGACUGAUACCACCUCAUCUUCAAGUACAGAAAGUCCUGCAACAUCUACAUCUGGAUCAGCAGCACCAACAACAUUUAUGACAACAACAGCAGAUCUAGAAUCAACUACUGCUUCACCUGCACAAACAACUACAGUGGGGUCUACAACAGAAACAUCAACAACAGAGCCAGUUACAGAUACAUCAGUUACAGUGUCACCAACAACACCUCAAACAGUAUCUGCCUCUGACAACACCGUUCAAACUACAUUAUCUACACAACAACCUGAAACUCCAACAGCUACUACAAUGCCAGAUAGCACAGCAUCUUCAACUAGUACUGAAACUACUGAAACAUUUACAUCACAAUCAACAAGUCUUGGAGAAACCACAGAAUCAACUACUGCCACGGUGCCAGAAACAAGCACUAUACAACCAAGAGCAGCCAUCUCAGAGCUUACACCAAUAGAGAACAAAACGACACCUUUGCCAAAGAUUACCUCUGUGAUACCACCAACCACAGUGUCUACAACAACAGAAACAGGAACGACGUCAACAGCAUCAACAGUUCGAACAUCAUAUACACAAGAACCUGAGACUCCAGCAGCUCCUACAGUGCCAUCUACUACAGCAUCUUCAACAAGUGAUGGAAAUACAUCUGCAUUAGGAUCAACAUUUAUGACAACACCAACAGAAUCAACUACUAUUGUACCUGCAGAAACAACCACCACAAUAGAGUCUACAACAACACUUGAAACAACAUCACCAACACAGGGAGCUAAAGCUUCCACAGCUACUACAGUGACUGAUACCACCUCAUCUUCAAGUACAGAAAGUCCUGCAACAUCUACAUCUGGAUCAGCAGCACCAACAACAUUUAUGACAACAACAGCAGAUCUGGAAUCAACUACUGCUUCACCUGCACAAACAACUACAGUGGGGUCUACAACAGAAACAUCAACAACAGAGCCAGUUACAGAUACAUCAGUUACAGUGUCACCAACAACACCUCAAACAGUAUCUGCCUCUGACAACACCGUUCAAACUACAUUAUCUACACAACAACCUGAAACUCCAACAGCUACUACAAUGCCAGAUAGCACAGCAUCUUCAACUAGUACUGAAACUACUGAAACAUUUACAUCACAAUCAACAAGUCUUGGAGAAACCACAGAAUCAACUACUGCUGCACUUACAGAAACAACCACCACAACAGAGUCUAUGACAAGUGAGAGGCCAUCUACAGUUACUCAGACAACACCAGAAACAUCAAGAACAGAGUCAGCACCAAUACCUGAAAUUUCAGCAGCUACAAAUACAUCAGUUACAGUGUCACCAAGAACGUCUCGAACAGUACUUGCUACAGACAGCACUGUCGCAACAACAAGCAAUAUUAUGACUACUGCAGUAGCAACUACAACAGAAGGGACACUAUCAACAGCUACAGUGGUGACCACACAAUCCAGCAAAGCAACAACAGCUGAAACAACCCCAACUCCAGGCGUUCCAACACAGUCAGCUACAACUGUUACAACUUCAGUAUCAGAUCAGUCUUCAUUGCCAACUAGCACACCCCAAGAUAUAAAGACUACAUUGACCACAACAACAUCAUCCCCAACAACUACACCUACUAGAGCAGCGCCCACCACAGAAUCAACAGUGAUUCUCAGAUUUAGUCUUAACGACACAUUCGAUAUUCAACUUCUAGACCAGUCAUCACCUGCUUUCACAAAUGAGGUUAAUACUGUUACAUCUGAGCUUAACAAGGUCUAUAAGCAAGAAUAUCCAGAAACCUUCAAAGAAGCAACUGUCUACAGCUUUUCUGCAGGAUCCAUUGUUGUCAAUUCAACACUUACCUUUUACUACACAACACUCCCUACGGAUGCAGAAAUAAUCAACACCUUGUAUAAUGCCUGGAGGACACAUCGCACUACAUUAAAUCUUCUAAAUAACACUGUUUUUGUUGGACCACCAACUGCAACAACUACAACCUCAACAACAACAACAACAACAACAACAACAACACCUAAACCUGGUACAGCUAUCUUAACAGCACCUAGCACAGUGCAAACUUAUCCUCCAACUCAUCCUCCAGCAGCAGAAGAAAAAAUGGUGAUCCUCAAAUUCAGUCUUGCUUUGAUGUUCACGAGUGAUCUGAAAAACACCUCAUCACCUGCUUUCAUAUCUUUGGCCAUUGAGAUUGAGAUUAAGAUUAAUGCCAUAUAUACGGUAAAAUAUGCAGACUUCAGAAGAUGCAUUGUUCAUGGCUUUUCUGAAGGAUCAAUUGUUGUGAAUUCGACACUUGUCUUUGCCAACACAACACUGCCUACAAAUAUCGAAAUAACCAAAACCUUGAUUGACGCCUGGACACAAAAUCAGAUUAACUUGCCGCUUGUAAAUGGCACAGUUUUUGUUGUCGAACACCUCACCCCAUCCACUUCCAGUACCUCUCCAGAAAUGGUGCCCUAUUCUGCAGCGGCAUUCCUUCUCACGACUGCAGUUGUAAUAUUACGUAACCUUUCAAUAAUGUAGCCUACAGAAUGUUUGUCACCAUUCAAAUACCUCUAAAACUUGAUAACCUAUUAAGAUAAUUAGAUAAUCCAAACCUUCAGAUCUUCAGUCGGAUUAGAUUAGAUCCUUAAAUUUGUUAGUUACAUCGGUGAGAGCAUGUCUUGCUGUAGACAUGUUUUUAGAGAUUAUUACACUAUUUAUAAACCCAUUUGCAUACUCUGAGAAGUUUAUGUCCUGUUUUAGCUUUUAGAAAAUACUGUAGUAUGUAACUGCCUCAGCUUGAUAAAUUCUGUGAAUGAUCCUUGAAACAUUUCACAAAUUGGUUCAUAGCAAAUAAUUUGUGCCCAAAACUGAUGACUGAGUUCUUGUCAUCUAAAAGCAACAAACUUAAAUAUGACAUUUUAAUGCAUGUUUUAGUGCACAAUUACUGUGUUUGCUCAAUUUAACAUAUUGAGGGAAAAAAAUUAAACAUAAAAUGUGGCCUGCACCAAACGUAUAGUACAUUUUAUAGAUUUUUUCCAAUAUGUUAUACUCAGCAAAGAAAUAGAAAUUGGGCACUAAAACUUGCAGUAUGUUGCUGUAUUCAUAUUUCCUUUCUUUUCUAAAAUAUUUUCACUUCGAAAAUCAUUCAUAGUACAAAGAAAAAAUGUGACUGGGGUGUAUUCAAAUCUCUGCUUACAACUGUAUAUGAGUUUUUCUCUAACAGACAAUGACUGAAUAUAACCUGUGCCAGUCACAUAUUUCAUCCAAUUUGCUAUUAUUUUGGCCAAAAUAUUUGUACAUUGUAUAUAAAUAUAUAUGUCUACAAAAAGGCAGGCCAUAGAUCAUUUAAAUUACAGCAAGAACUGAAUCAAGUUCAAAAUAUCUCACCUACCCUUCGGACUUUGGAUGUCCAAGAACAUGGGAAAGUGUUUAAGCCAAACUUGUCUCUGUACACCUCCCCAUUUGCAAGAUUAAGCUUCAGUAAGUCACCACUUCCUUGGAGGUUUGUUAAUAAGUCAACUUUACUGUUGUCGCCAAAGCAGUAGCAUAUGUCUGAAACAAUUUGUCCCAUGAGCUCUACUUGGUAGUCAAAUUGAUGCAUUUUAGUUAAAUAACACACGUGCCUGACACACAAAUAUCAAUCAGCUGUAAAUAUUUGUAUUUAUUCUGUAUUAUUUGUGUUGAUAUUACUGAAAUAAUAAAAGGAAAAGUGCAAUAUUUGUUAACUUGUAUAGUGGCAAAAGCAUCACA